AAAAAAAAAAAUCGAAAAAGAAUUUAUCCAGAACAACACAUGGCAUAUGUGUGUGCUAUCGGUUUCUCGGGACAUUCAUAUCAAACAGCCAACCAAAACCAAACAUCUCUCUCUUUCUCUCUCUCUCUAGCUGCUUUCAAUGGCUUCCUUGCUCGAUUCCGUCACCGUUACCCGCGUGUUUUCCCUUCCGAUCACUUCCUCGAUUUCACCUGCUUCAAAGGUUCCGUCAGUCUCUGCCCGGCGGAUUUCUCCCGUUCCGGAAUUCAGAGGUUUGAAAGCUUCCCGGAAGAGUUCGGUGACUCAGUCAGCGAGUCUUGGUACGAAUCUCGGAUCCCGAUUCGCUCGUGGUGGAAGAAUCGUCUGCGAGGCUCAGGACACCACUGCCGCCCCCGUCGAAGUACCAAACAUCUCUGAUUCAGAAUGGCAAACACAGGUUCUCGAGUCAGAUGUACCAGUAUUGGUCGAGUUUUGGGCACCAUGGUGUGGACCUUGCCGUAUGAUUCACCCCAUCGUUGACCAACUGGCCAAGGACUUCGCAGGCAAGUUCAAAUUCUACAAAAUCAACACCGACGAGAGCCCAAACACAGCUAACCGUUACAGCAUCCGCAGCGUUCCUACCGUGAUCAUAUUCAAAGACGGUGAGAAGAAAGACAGUAUCAUUGGAGCUGUUCCUAAAGAGACGUUGGAGAAAACUAUAGAAAGAUUCGUGGUCGAGUAACUAAACAAAAACACAAAUUUCACUCUUUUAUCACUCGUGUCUUAUGUGUUGUAUAAUUCUUCAUAAGGUCUCUUUUGACUAUUUAUGUUUCCAUGCGUCCACUAUGUAUUGUUUAGUAUUAUAAAAAAAAAAAAGAAUAACGAACAAUAA